GCCACUUCUACAGGGGAAUGGACGUGCGGGACCUGUGCAGGCGGGUUACAUUCGAUGAAGUAAUUUUUUUGCUCCUACGUAAGCGAUUGCCAAACGAAAGUGAAUUAAAAGGAGCAAAGUGUUACGUCCAAAAUGAGUUCGGCCGAUUUUGCGAGAGGAAUGUCCUACAAAUGGGAAAACUGCUUCAGACUUCGGACCCCUUGGAGCUGAUACGGAUAGCCCUACUACAGCUUUCCCACCAAGCAGAGGCAGAAGCAGAGGUAGGAGCAGAGGCAGAAUCACAUAGCGGCGAUGAUCCCGUUUUUAAUUACCUCAAAAUAUUGGCUGCAUCUAUGAAGUUACUCCUGAGGUGGGAUCAUCAUUCCCAGCUGGUCUCUCCACCCAUGCAGGACUACGCAGAUUUGAGUUCCUUCCUCAUCGAUGCGUAUCCCAUGGGGGGGAGAGAAAAGGAUUCCCAGGGUAGAAGCAAACAACAGGAUGGUGCAGAAGAUAUUAACGGUUCACUUGGGAGUAAUGAACCCAAGGGGAAGGUCGUAACUCCCCAUCUGUGGAGGGGAGAAAAAAUCAAACUGCUAAAUGCCUUCCUCCUAUGCAUGUGCGAACAGGGAAUAAAUGAGAAUACCUUCUUCGUCCGCAUGCUCAGUAGUGUACAGCACCACAAUUAUUUCAGCUUGUGUAUCUCGGCUAGUACGUUCUACAUCGAUGCAUUCAGGAACGUUGAUCUGUGCCACUCCUUGGAUGCCUUCCUCAGAUUUGUGGUCCCUUCGAUAGGGAGCACUAAACAGGGUGAGCAUAGCCAGCUUCGUAAACACCGAGAACCAGAAGGGGUACAACUUCGACAGGGAGAUCACUUGGACGACGCGAUCGGAGCACCUCCACCCCCGAACGUCGAUUUUUUCUUUCACAAGGGAAACUCUUACAGAGAAAAAAAUGCCAUCAUUAAAGCACACCUGACCGAGUACUGCAACAACACAUGUCAGAAUAACCUCCAGUGUCUAAAGCAUUUCGAGCAAGUGGAAGAAUUUUUUUUAAAGAAUCAAAACAGAUAUGCCUCCUGCUACUACUACCCCCUUUUGAUAUUUCACAUUUUAAGUCUACCCCUUCCUUUGCUACCAUCUGUUUUCUUCAUAAUGAGGCUACUCUCCUUCACGGCUCAUCGGCAGGAACAAAUUGGCAACAAUAAGCUGGUGAAGUAUGCAGGGGUUUACAAGCGAAGCAGGAAAAGCAAAAUUCCAAGCUGGGCUCUUCAGUGUCGCUGCUACUACUGCCACUACUGCCACUACUGCUCCAUAG